AUGGUUUUCUUUACUUUCUUCAACCCAAUAGUCUUGGGAUACAUUGUUACACUAUGUGCUACAUUUUCUGCAGCUCUUGGACCUUCACCACCUACAAUGAUAAAUUGGUCGGAUGAACGCAAUAUGUUCUACAAUGCGCCAAUGGAAAUUGUAUCUCUUAAACCUUCGAAAGAGCUAAUAUUUUUUUGCUUAUCGAGUAAUGGUGGUGAAAGUGGAGAGUAUACCAUGUACCCUAGUGAUCCCAUGACCAAGACUUUAAUGCCACUUGAAGGAGAUAUCGAGGAAGCCGUCACCAAGGAAAUGCCCCUACGCAAUGUACUUCGUACAAUUGAUUUGAAACUGAAGGUGAAUAACGGCACAAAUGGUCCGGGGACCUUAAGUAUCAAGUAUAACUUGAAUGCUGUGAUAAUGGCUAAGGAUCCUGAUAAUUUCAGUCUGAAUUAUGCUUGUAAAUUCCAACCGAAAGAUGAGAGUAAGACACCUGUUUACAGAUGGCUUAAGGUGAUAUUCGACCGUGUUUACCCUAUGGCCUAUGGCUGUGCGAGUGGUGAAGAGAUGCUAUUCAAAAAUUCAACACCGAGUUAUGAAAGGAUUAUUCAACGACGUAGGACCGUUUGUGAGACCAAAUUAGAGCCCGGCAUGAUCUUUGGUAUUUACUGCCAACCCGGUGAACGUUUGGAGCCCGAGAAUUGCUUUUCGAAUGAACAUCUUGCUGAACUUGGUGACGCCAUCACGCCAUACCAUCCUCAUGGAUUAGUAUCAUUACAUGAUCCGGAGUAUACUGUGCCAUCUAGGUUGAAGCUCUUCAAAGUGUCGAAUCAAGGACUAAAUCGCGAUUACUACUCCACUUGCUCCUGUGUAAAUUACGAGGGUCUAACUACUACCACACUUGCCGUAGAAAAUACUAAGGAAGAAAUUAAUGACGUCACUAGAGCAGCUGAAAGCUUCGAGCCGUCCAAUAACCCUCCUGUUCGAAGCGUCUUACAUUACCUUGAGGCAGGCAAAAAGUUCACAAUUAAAUAUUACCCCGACAAUAAACCUCUGAUAUCUGGCAAACAUAAAGCUGUACCGCUUCUUUUUCCAGUGGAUCCCGAGCACUAUGCCUUUAACGGGGCGCCAAUAGCUACGAAUAAACCGAUGCGAAUCGAUGAGAUCAUGGGAACCAAAGGUGUGGAUAUAAGCUACAAGGAAGACAAGGGUAAAAUGGCCUAUACGAUAAAGCUCAAGAAGGAUGCCAUAAUCGUUAGCAAAACGGACAUACCGUUCAUGUAUUAUAAUUGGAGAGUGGUGAGCGACAUUUGGAGCAGAAGGUUGUACGGAACAGUGAGAGUGCAGUUCAGCAUCUUACCAACUGACCCUUACACCUAUGGCUGUGGUGUUGAUAGUGCUACGUUAUUCCGUGAUAGCGGCUUUCAAGUGGCCUACGGAGUGAAGAACGUCGGUGUGACAAAAUGCAAGGUCAACCCUUACUUAAGAAGCCCAGUUGGAUUCUAUUGUCCCAAAGAUUACACUCUAGAGCCUGCAGACUGUUUUGAACACAUGAUUAACAGCGGAACUAAUCACAUAGUGCCUUUAAAAGACUACGCACCUCACGCGAGAUCCAUAGAAGGGAAUCACAUAAGAGUGCUCGACUUCCACGUACCUCAAAUGAUGAAGCGUCUCAUAAAGUAUACGGAUGAGGAACUCAUGUGCAGAUGUAUCGACAAAAAGGGUAAACUUCGUGCCACUAUCACUCUAGAACUUAAAAAACCGAGAAUGGUUGGGAAUUCUUGGAAAUCCCUCGUGACAGCGAGAAGACUUGCAGCAUAA